AUGGAGACAGUCCAGAAGACCAAGAAGCGCAAAAAGAGCGCUUCUGUGGACGGCACGCAGACCGAGUCCUCACACCUGUCUCAUCGUCACUGCUGUACGGAACCUGAGCUGGAGUUCGUGCUCACUUGGCUUGACGAAAUUUCCACACGCCGUGCUAUAGCGAAACGUUUUCGAAAAGGAAGGUCGAUACGAUUGAAAGAGCGUUCGAAGAAGAAAUCCAUCGAGUCGGCACCAGACGUAUCUUUUAAGGGAGGUUUGAAGGAGUUGACUGCACCAAGCUCUAAGCUGCCAUCCGACAUGGGGCGGACGAGGGCAUCCACUGAGGCCGGUACCGAAGCUACAGAGGGUAGCAAGUCUGUAUCCCUCAUCAAGCUGGGACUUUACCAGAAGGAACAUCUGAAUCGGAACAAUAUCAUAUACGCCGGGCACAAAAAAGGAUUUUCUGGAGAGGCCAAUUCGAUAAUAAACAAGAUAAAAGUCUUUGCAGAGACGAAGAACGACGAUGACAUCUCUGCAUCUUUCCGGAAGUUAGUUGUUGCCCAGCACAUUGGGUUAACCAAUGAGGGUAAUACCGUCCGGAAACUCAAGGAAAUCCUGUUCAUUCGUCCGCCGAAGGAGCAUAUUGCGGAACUCGAAAACACUUUCUACAGCAGAGACCUGGUCCCCAGCAAAGACGAUCUUCACAGAGUGUCGAUCCCAAAGCCCGACAUGACUUUUGGUUAUGACAAUCAGAACCAGAAAUCUUUUCCGAUCAGCAGAAUGAAGCGACGGGGUGGCCAGAGAUAA